GUCUGCCAGCAGGGCUGCGAUGGAGUUGAGAACUCCGGCAAGACUUACAACAAAUGUGGGAAGUGUGGAGCCCCUGACAGCGAGUGCUUGUUGUGCAACAGCACCGACACAAAGACAGGGUCCUGCCUUUCGAUCUACACGUGGACCAAUGUCACCAAAUGCUACUUCGGCACGUAUGUGGACAAGUGCGGGCGGUGUGGAGGAAACAGCACAGACUGUCAGGGGUGCGAUGGCAUUCCUUUCUCGGGAAAAGUUCCAGACAUCUGUGGAGUUUGCGAUGGGCCGGGAACGAGCUGCAUGGGCUGCGAUGGAGUCCCGAACUCAGGCAAGGUGCUGGACUCCUGCGGCGUCUGCAACGGAAACAAUGACAAGGACGCUUGCGGGGUGUGCUUGACCAAACUGGUGGGCCCGCCCAACGAAAGUUGCAUGGGGUGCGAUGGAAGUUUGUACAGCGGCAGGGCCGUGGACGCGUGUGGGGAGUGCGGAGGAUCGAAUCUCUGCAUGUGGAGAGAUGGGCAACUGCCAGCGAAUGACCCCAGCGGACUUGCAGUGAACGUGACGGUCUUUGUAAACUAGUGGGAUGAAGGGCAUGUAGAGGUAAAUCAGAUGGUGUUGAAGCCAAGUCUGCCUCCCUUUCCGUCUUCUUAUCUGUCUGUCUGCCUAUCGGUCUGUCUGUCUGUCUGUGUUGCUGACUGCUGUAAUUACAAUCAAAGCGUCUCACGCGUGCUACGCAUAAGGGCUAGUCGUCAAUAAAUUUGCUAAGUUU